GACCAUGGACAACUAGCUUGUUAGCCGCUGUUGGAAACAAAACCCUCUCAAAGCAAGUUCUUGUAGCCCAGUCAAUUCUAAACUGAAUCCAGCCAUUUUUGUUGUGAAACAACAACUUAAGGGGAUUUACAAGUUAUUAAUUUGACUGUGAAUCUGGAAAAUUUGCUGCGAAGAUGGGAGUCCCUAAAUUUUACCGAUGGAUUUCGGAGCGCUACCCGUGUCUGAGUGAAGUUGUGAAAGAACAUCAGAUUCCUGAAUUUGACAAUUUGUAUUUGGACAUGAAUGGCAUCAUUCAUCAGUGCUCCCACCCAAACGAUGAGGAUGUCCACUUUCGAAUCUCUGAGGAGAAGAUUUUUGCAGACAUCUUCCAUUAUUUGGAGGUGCUCUUCAGGAUCAUCAAGCCACGCAAGGUGUUCUUCAUGGCUGUGGACGGUGUAGCCCCAAGGGCAAAGAUGAACCAGCAGAGAGGUCGCAGAUUUAGAUCAGCCAAAGAGGCAGAAGACAAGAUUAAAAAGGCCUUAGAGAAAGGAGAGGUCCUGCCCACAGAGGCUCGCUUUGACUCUAACUGCAUCACUCCGGGGACUGAUUUUAUGGUUAGACUACAAGAGCAGCUCAAAUAUUUUGUCCACAGUAAAAUUUCUACUGACAAGCUUUGGCAAAAGGUCAAAGUGUACCUCUCUGGGCAUGAGACUCCUGGAGAGGGUGAACAUAAAAUCAUGGAGUUCAUUAGAUCUGAAAAUACAAAGCCAAGUCAUGACCCCAACACCCGACACUGCUUGUAUGGCCUGGACGCUGACUUGAUCAUGUUAGGCUUGACCAGCCAUGAACAAAACUUUUCGCUGCUCAGAGAAGAGGUCCGCUUCGGAGGCAAGAAAUCUCAGAAAAGAAUUACUGCUCCAGAGGAGACAACAUUUCAUUUGCUUCACUUGUCUCUGAUGAGAGAAUAUAUUGAUUAUGAGUUUUCUGGGUUAAAGGAACCAUUUAGGUUCUAAAUAUGAUUUGGAGAGAUAAUAGACGACUGGAUUUAAUGGGGUUUCUUUGUGGGAAAUGAUUUCAUUCCUCAUCUUCCCAAUCUUCACAUCAAUCAUGAUGCUCUGCCAAUGUUGUACAAGACGUACAUCAGCGUGCUUCCCAGUGUAGGGGGAUAUCUGAAUGAAAAUGGCCACUUGAACCUUCGAAACUUUGAGAAGUACCUGGAGAAGCUUUCUGAGUUUGACAGAGAAAAUUUCAGCGAGGUGUUUGUGGACUUGAAGUGGUUUGAAAGCAAAGUGGGUAAAUAUCUCAAUGAGGCAGCUGGUCUGGCUGCAGAGAGGAGGCUUCUUGGCAGUGACUCCAAUGAUAAGGUACAAAAGGUGCACAAGCUCAAAGAAAAAUAUUUUACUGUGUAAUAAAUAACUAAUUGUUUUCAUAGAUUCGACCCCUGGUAGACAUGACCUCUCAGGCAGAAACCAUUUGGAGGAGGGAAAAGUGCUCAGGCAGAAGACGAGGAAGAGGAGGAUGAUCUUUUUGAAACUGAGUUCAGACAAUACAAACGCACCUACUACAUGACCAAGAUGGGAGUGGAUGUAGUGUCUGAUUUUCUUGCUGAUCAGGCAAAGGGCUAUGUUGAAGGACUUCAGUGGAUUUUACACUAUUAUUACCACGGUGUUCAGAUCCUUGGAGCUGGUACUAACCCCUAUCACUAUGCCCCCUUUCUCUCUGACAUAAAAAACCUAUCUGAGUUGAAGUUGACCUUUGACCUGCAGAAAAGCCGUUCAUAGCCUUUCCAGCAGCUGUUAGCAGUUUUACCUUCAGCUAGUAAAGAACUGCUACCAGAAUGCUACAGAUUCCUUAUGACCAGCGAGUUUUCUCCAUUCUUGAGACUACCUUUAGAUUUCAAAACUGAUUUGAAUGGAAAGCAACAGGAAUGGGAGGCUGUUGUGCUCAUUCCCUUCAUUGAUGAGAAACAGCUGUUGGCAGCCAUGGACCCUUGCAAUGAAAAGCUGACCAAAGCAGAGAAAGCCAGGAACCGCCAUACUGAAUGUGCUGUCUACAUGUAUGACAAGGAGAGCGAGUUCACAUAUGCCUCCAGUCUGCCCCAGAUGUUUCCUGAUAUAAUCCAUUGUCACGUUAGGCAACAGACUAUUCCUAUGGAUGCUUGGCAUGUACCACUGGAUCACGUCAGCAGGCGCGUUGACCGCUCAGCCCUCUACUUCUGUGGUUUCCCAACGCUACAACAUAUCCCACAUAAGUUUUAUAAGAAGAAGAGUGGAGUGGUCGUCUUCCAGCAAAGCAGCCGAGGAGAGAACAUGAUGCUGGAAAUCCUAUCAAACAAAGAUGGAGAAGCAAUAUGUGAUAAUGUUGCUGCGGAUUUAUUGGGCAAGGCCAUAUUUGUGAACUGGCCCCAUCUAGAGGAGGCCCGGGUUGUUGCAGUAUCCGAUGGAGAGACCAAGUUUUCUCUGGAAGAAUGUCAUGGUAUCCAGAAAGUGUAUAAUAGGCCCUCCACGCCACCUCCCACCAAAGUGUCACGUCUUUCUGAUAAAGAGCAGAAAGAUUGGGUAAAAGACAUCCAGGGAAUCACAGAACAUUACCUGAAGAGAAAAGGCAUUGUGACAAAUGAGAUCGAUGUGGUUAUAUACGGCCAGCUGCUGACAGGAAGAAAGUUUGUCCCUAAAGCAAAUGGGAUUGUUGAGCUGGAGAAACAGUGGGCCAAGCAGGUUUUACCUUUUCCGUACCAGGCCUGUUGUCAAGGGGCCUUCUACUCGUCAUUAAUGAACUUCACCAGCCUGGAUGAUCUCUUUCCAUCUACUGCGGUUUUCAUGGUUGGAAAUCCCUACUAUGGCGCUAUGGGAGAGGUGCAAGACUCUAGUGAUGUCAUCAAAGAUGGACGGGUGCGAGUGGUUUUCAGCCUGCCACACGAGCCGCAGCUUGACUCUUUAAUACAAAACCAGCAUAAAUACUGUGUGAAGUACAGUCCUGGCUAUGUUCUGGCCUCUCGUCUUGGGAUCACCAGCUACCUCGUGUCCCGCUUUUCAGGGAGCAUCUUCAUUGGCAGAGGUUCAAAGAAAAAUCCCUGUGGAGAGCAGAGAGCCAAUAUUGGUCUAAACCUCAAGUUCAACAAGAAGAAUGAGGAAGUGCCCGGCUACACCAAAAAAACUGAAAAAGAGUGGCUGUACUCUGCUGCUGUGGAGGAGCUGCUGGCUGAAUAUUUGGACAGAUUUUCUGAGGUUUUCACGGCUGUGUCAAGAAACUCUCAUGAUGAUGUCUUCUAUGAGGAUGACAUUUGGCCCGGAGAAGAUCAGAAUGGAGCUGAGAAAGUGGCAGAGAUCACAGCUUGGUUGAAGAGCCACCCCGUGAGUUCCAUGAGCAGAGCGUCAUGUGACCUUCAGGUGCUGGAUUCGGCCAUUGUCGAGAAGAUUGAGGAGGCAGUGGAAAAGGCCAAGGUGAAAAAGAGCACUCGCAAAGUCCGUGUGACAGUGAAACCUCAUCUGCUCUUUAGGCCGCUAGAGCAGCAGCAGGGUGUGGUACCGGACCCAGAGGCGGAGUAUCGACUGUUCGAUCGAGUGGUGAACGUCAGGGAGGGUUUUUCUGUGCCACUGGGUCUUAGAGGAACUGUUAUUGGCAUCAAAGGAGCUGAAAAGGAGGCAGAUGUUCUUUAUGAAGUGUUGUUUGAUGAAGAAUUCGCCGGAGGUCUUACCCUCAGAUGUGCUUCCCCUCGAGGGUACCGCCUGCCUCCCUGCGCCCUCAUAAACCUGUCCCAUGGAGCUCGAGUGGACCAUACAACAGGCAAACUCACCGCCAUUGUCAAACCUCAGCCUUCAUCUACUCCCAACAACUCCAACAGACAGCUGGGAGGACUCAACCACUCGCCACGAUCUCCUUUCAUACCCACACAACAUAACAACAAACAUGCAAUGAGAGGCUCACCCCAAGGCAAAAGAGACUCUCCAAGACUUCUCCAAAAGCAAACGAAGAGUAAAGAUGAGUACAGCAAUGUUUGGCAGUCUCUGCAGAACUCUGGACCUCCAAACAAACCCCCUGCUCACUGGCAAAAUGAUCAGGCCCAAGCUGGUGGCAUCAGACUGCUGAGGAAAAAUGAAGAUGCUUCCUCCAUUUUGCCCACACAAAACACCAACAAGACCUCUACUGAAUUUGAGAACCUUUUGGCUAACCUCAAGAUUUCAACUCCAAAAGAGCCAACUGCACUUCCGCCUGCUCCUUCUCAACCAUCCACGAGCCAGUCAGACGAGCCAUUAUCGCCACAGUCAUUUGCAAUGAAGGGGACCAUGGUGUUGAAGGAGAUGUUAAAGAUUGACAGUAUAGGAACAGGAAGCCCCUCAACAACAGAUUCUGCCCAGUCUGAUGGACAUCAGCAGAACAGGAGACGGUCAUCCAAGAAACUAGCGGCAAAAAUCAAUGCGCCUCAUGUGGACAGUUCUCCCACAACAUCAGCUGCUAUGAUAAAUCAGCACCCCGUACUGAACAGUAAGGUGUCCGAGCUGGCCUGUGUCUGCGUGGGGCUGGGCAUGGCACCUCCUGAAUUCAGCUUCAUCGGCAACAGACAGGGUGUAGUGUGUCAGGUGAAGCUGUCCAAUGGGCUGAUGGUGCAUGGACCCCAGUGUCAGUCUGAAAACGAUGCCAAGGAGAAUGCAGCCUUCUUCGCUCUUCAAAGAUUGAACUCAGUGGGCUCAGGUUUACCUCUGCCUCCUCCUGCUCUCUACCCUGGGAUACCGCAGAUCAGACCCCCACCUUUAGGUCCCAUGAAUCCAAUGUUCAACAAACCAGGUUUGCUGUUGCCUCCGCAGGGCUAUGGUCCCACUCAUCUAUGGGGGAUGGCCAUGCCGCCUCAUCACCCACAAAACCCACAGUUUUAUGGAGCAACAGGAACUUACCCCGGAGCGGUCCGCCCUCCACCUCCAGCUACUGCACCCAUUGGAUCUCACAACCAGUUCAUCCCACUACAGGUGACGAAAAAGAGAGUGUCAGCCAACAAGAAAAACCAGGACAGAGAGUUUUACAGCGCAGCCCAAACAGUUGCCAGAAACCAAACUCAGAAAUCCCCAAAUCCACCUGUAGACCAGCCACAGGGCCAAAGAAAUGUCUCGGUAGAGAACAGCCAGUCCAGUACAUCAACAGCUGCACCCCAGACUCCACCUAGACAAAACCCUCCAUCCUCUGGCCACACCCCUGGCUCCGCCUCCAAGAGGAAACAUAGGAAACUGGCGGUAAACUUCGAGGCUGCGAAAGUGGCAGAGUCGUAAGCUCCAGUGACAUGGGUCUGGGACAGUUGCUGCUCAAAGUUAUUAAAGAGUGAACUGAAAUUAGUGGAUUGUCCAUAGCCUAUUGUGUAUGGAACAUAUUAUGGUAACAGUGCACAAGGUGAUGAUAAUAUUCAUAGUAUAAAAAUAUAUCAAUACAUAACAUGGGUAUAACACAUAAUCUUGAUUGCUUGCUUAUUGUUUAAAUGAUGAGUUAAAUUAUAUUUGUGGUGUACAAAAUAAUGAUAGGGGAACUCAAAGAAAGGUAAUAAGUAAUUGUCUUUGUGCCUUCUAAAUCAUUUGAACUAAAUGUACUUGUAUUAUACAAUAUUGGCUGUUUUACUUCCCUAAAAUUUUCUCAAAACAACUUGGAUCUUUCACCAACCAAUUUCCAGUUCACUUCAGUUGCAUUUGAAGUUUACCAAUCUGAACUGACCACCAAUUCCAUGUUGCCUUUUUGUGUAUUCACAGGUGUUAUUAAAAGGCAGUUAUAGAAGAAGGUGAUGCAUUUUGUCAAAAACAUUAAUUUUGUUGAAGACAUUUCCUAGCAGCUCAUUAUAAUUGAAUUGUACUGCCUUGUUUUAGUAACCAAAUUAUGCAACAGUAAAAGUGGACCUAGAGUGCAGAGCUAAGUAUAAAAUAAAUUUGUGCAAUACAAGCAUGCAAGAGAAAUCAUUUAGCUGUGGGCUCUGUUGUGACUUUUUUUUUUGUACUUUUCUUUAGGCCCAUGUAUUUGUAAUUGCGCGCCUUUUUUAUAUGUUGCAUUUCCAUGGAUGAACUCUAGGAGGCGCUGUGGUCACGAAGACCCUUUUUGGCUCUCAUGAAGUAGUGUCACUGUUUCAGUUUGGUGCUCUCAGGGACAUGGUAGUAGCUCUUUUAAUGAAACCACAAGGGGCAGGACUGAGUGACUGAGUUGAAUUGUGUUUUCAAACUACAUUUAGUUUUUACUGGACUGUAUUAGCAGAGUAUUUAUUGUUUAUAAGAUAGAUCUCCUAUCAUGGCUAAUAUUUGUACAUAAUGGUCACAGUUGUCUGAGCUGUGCUAUAUUUUAAACUGGCCUCAUUAAUUAGGCCAAUGUAGUUCAUUGAGUUUUUGACCCUUUCAUUUUUUUUCCCUGAGACACCUGCCUUUAUUGCAUUUAUGCUCAAAUGUUUUACAGAGAGUAGCACACGAGACACCUCUUAUGCCAGCUGAAAUUUCGUAAGAAGGCUGUUUAAGCAUGUUUGAUCUAAAUCUGAAAAAAUAAAUUUGGCUAGUUAACAGGCUGACAUUACACAGGUGCAGAAAUGUGAUUCUUAGACUUGUAUUUUUCAUUUAAAAAUUUUAACUGCCUUCAUUGGACUCUUUCAUAUGGUUCAUAAAUAUUUAAAUCUGGAAUUAUACAAUUAGUUUUAUUCAAGUUUAAAUCUGUAUUUUUAAAAAGUGAAGCUCUGAAUUUUGAGUCUUAAUAGGAAUUCAGUUAUAUUUUUGUAUCUGUGUAACUGAAGCCAAAGAUGACACAUAAUGUAAGCUAUGUCACUAAUAAAUGUACUUGGCAUCACAAUUUUAUUUUUUAUUUUUUUUAUUCAAAAGAUUUGGGUUUUAUCUGUCCUUUUAUAAACUGCCAUCAGAUAUUUUCUUAAAUACCGUUUCAAUUGUGUUUGGUUGAAGCUACACAGAUGGAGGUUGCUGUAGCAGGAAAUAUUGAGAGUAACAUUUUAAUUUAUCCUCAUUUUGAGAGACUCAGAGCUAAAUGGUUUUUUUUUAAGAUGAAUAAUUUAAUGUCUUUUGCUCUGUGAGGCUCUGGUGCAAUAAGGGAGAUUUUAAUGAUUUGGACAUAGAUAGAAGCACACAUAGAGAAGAUGAUUGUCUCCCACAGUGUCUAAAUAAUGACUUGAUGUUCUAAUUUAGGAUUGUGC